AUGGGGAAGCAUUUCCACUUGUAUGAGAACAUUUCCAAAAUCAGCCCCUUUGAGGGGCCCCAGUAUUACCUGGCCCCUACCUGGGUGUUUCACCUACAGACUGCCUUCAUGGGCUUCGUCCUGUUUGCUGGAACACCUUUAAAUUGUGUCGUUCUUCUCGUAGCGGCCAAGUACAAGAAGAUCCGAGUCCCUCUGAACUACAUCUUGAUCAACAUCUCACUGGCAGGAUUCAUCUUCGUCACCUUCUCCGUCAGCCAGGUGUUCAUCUCCACCAUGAGGGGCUACUAUUUCCUGGGCCACACAAUGUGUGCUAUGGAGUCUGCAAUGGGAUCUAUAGCAGGUAUCGAACCUCAAACACAGAUAGACUAGAACUGCAGGUUUAAAACAUUAUCUGUGGGUAGAUGGUAACCGGAGAAAGAUAAUAAUGAGGGGCAUAAAACCUCAGCUGGUAGAUCAGCGACAGAUCGAUCAUAUCAGCUUCAGCAGUCCACAUGUGUCAUGUGGCCUGUAUCUUGUCUCUUCUAUCUUGUUGAGUCUUUACUGUCCCAAGAAUCCCGUUGAAUUAGUUUUGCCUCAUAUGAAUCAUAUCUGUAUUGUACUCUCAGGACUGGUUACAGGUUACCGGUUAUUUAUCUUGUCUCCCAAAUCUCCCAUAUCUUGUCCUCUGGUCUGGUCACAGCUCAAUUUUCUUGUCUCAUAUAUUUUGUCUCUUGUAUCUUGCCCACAGUUCUGGUGACAGUCUUGUUUCUGGUCUUUUGUAUCUUAUCACUAGUAUCUUAUUUUAGGUCAGGUUACAUUCUAGUCUCUUGCCUUCUGCAUCCUGUCUGGGGUCAAAUCAGGUCCUUUGCCAAAUGUAUCUUGAAGCCUGUAUCUUGUCUCAUCCCCUGUAUGUUGUCUUUAGGUCUGGUGAAGGCCUGUUUUUCUUGUAUCUUGUUAUUAGAUCAGGACCUGACUUAAGGAUCUGAUCUUUUGCAUGUUGUCAUAAGGUCCUUUGUUGGUCCUGUCGCUUUGCUCAUGUAUCUUGUUAUUUGUAUUUUGUCUUAGGUUUGGUGACAGCCUGGUCUCUGGCAGUCUUGUCCUUUGAGCGGUACCUGGUCAUCUGUAAACCGUUUGGAGCCUUUAAGUUCACCAGUGGCCAUUCCCUCGCUGCGGUGGGCUUCACUUGGUUCAUGGGUAUUGGCUGUGCAAUCCCACCUUUCUUUGGCUGGAGCAGGUAAGCACACACUUUUAGGAGGCCACUUUAACAUGAUCCUGUGACCCCACGUCCCAAGACCCAGUCCCUUUCUCUAGGAAUCAGCAUGCCAAAGCCUGCUGCCUUGGCUUCCACCAAGAUGGAUCAGCAAUAGUGCCAGCAGUACUAUUGCUUUACCAUCAUGGUAAAGCAUGAUGGUAAAGCCGGGCCAAUCUUUGUUCCAACCUUUUAGCAUGGCCAUGAGUUCUGGGUUGUGACCAGGAAGGAGCUCAGAAUAAAGCUGCUCCUUAUAGCAUUGAAAAAGAGUCAGUGGAGGUGGAUUAGGUAUUUGAGAGGGAUCUAUCCUGGAUUCCCCCCUUAGGAGAUGUUCCAGGCACAUUCAACCGGAAAGAGACCUUGGGGAAGGUCCAGAGCUCAGUUUUUGGGGUUCCAUGUCCCACCUAACAUUGAAGUACCGUGGGAUACCAGAUAAUGAGCUGGGAAGUGUAACUGGGGGGGGCAUUUGGGUCAACUUGCUUAGGCUUCUGCCCCUACAACCCUACCCUAAUGGAUGUGUCCCCACCAUGUCUUUGUCUCAGGUACAUCCCGGAAGGUCUGGGCUGCUCCUGUGGACCCGACUGGUACACGCACAACGAGGAAUACCACACUGAUUCCUACACCCAAUUCCUGAUGGUGACGUGCUUUUUCGCACCACUCAGCAUCAUCAUCUUUUCCUACUCACAGCUGCUGGGUGCACUAAGGGCUGUAAGUGACACCUGAUUCAUUCAUUUCAUUUCGUACGGUUUAUAGAAAGAGGAUGAUGGCUCCCUGAGUUCAUCGCAAAUUCUCUUCAUCUUUUUCUUCUUCGUCUUCCUCUACUUCUUUUUGGGUUUUGUCAUCAGGUAGCCGCUCAGCAGGCGGAGUCGGCCUCCACCCAGAAGGCUGAGAAGGAAGUGUCGAGGAUGAUCAUUGUGAUGGUCGGAUCCUACGUCACCUGCUACGGCCCGUAUAUGAUAGCUGCCCUCUACUUUGCCUACUCGCCUGAUGAAAACAAAGACUACCGACUGGUCACCAUCCCAGCACUGUUCUCCAAGAGCUCCUGUGUGUACAACCCACUGAUCUAUGCCUUCAUGAACAAACAGGUGAGCCCGCUCAGGUGACACACAUGUAUUCUGUCUCCGGUCAUAAGGGUCAACAGGAAGCUUUCCCUUUUGGACUUCCUGUUAGGUUGCUGCUGUCAUAUGAAAAGACUUGUAGAAAUUUUUUUUAGUUCAAACAUCAAAAUAAAUACCUGAUCCAUGCUCUGUGUUUGUGUGUGUAUAUGUGUGUGUAGUUUAACGCUGCCAUCAUGGAGACGGUGUUUGGAAAGAAAAUGGAGGAUGCAUCUGAAGUGUCCUCAAAGACAGAAACGUCCUCAGUGUCUACAGCGUCUUAA